AUGUCGGAGGCCGACCGGAUACGCCACCGCACGGCGGCGCUGGCGCUGCACGACGAUGAGGUAAGAGACAAGCCGGACGCCAAGGCGAACGUCUUCGCGGAUCUCGGCUCGCCGGUGUCGCCGCUGCGGGCGCGGGCGAGCGUGGCGACGUCGUCGUCCUCGUCCUCCGGGUCAGCCAAGUCGCCGGCGCCGUCGAAUGCUGGGAUGGCAGGCGGGAGGAGCCACUCCGGCGAGCUGGUGGGCGAGUGCAACCUGCCGCGGCUGAUGGCGCACCGGCGGUCCGGAUCUGGACAGUUGAUAUUCUCUGGCAGCAGCAGCCGGGGGAGCGGCGGCGGGGACCGUGGAAGCACGGCGAGCUCGCCGAUGCUGAAUGCGCUCCCCACCGGGAACAUCUGCCCGUCCGGGCGUGUCCCGGCAACGGCGGCCACGCCCCCUCCCCCGCGCUCCCGCCCGGACGUGCUCGGAUCCGGCACCGGCCACUACGGCCACGGGAGCAUCAUGCGCGGCGCAGGCAUGGCCCCCGCCAGGAGCAGCAUUGACUCCUCGUCGUUCCUCGGGCACUCCUCGAGGUCGCCGGCGAGCUUUCCGGCGAGCAGUGGGAGCCUCCAGGAGGUGACCCGCUUGGGGAACGAGUGGUACAAAAAGGGAAAGUACGCGGAGGCGCUGCGCCACUACGAGCGCGCCGUGGCGCUGUGUCCCGAGAGCGCUGCAUGCCGCGGCAACCGAGCCACCGCGCUCAUAGGACUCGGCCGCCUUGCCGACGCGCUUCGUGAAUGCGAGGAGGCUGUCCGACUCGACCCGGUCAGCGGCCGCUCCCACAGCCGCGUCGCAGGCGUUUGCCUCCGAUUGGGGAUGAUUGACAAGGCGCGGAGGCAUUUCACCCAGGCAGGUCAUCUUCAGCAGUCUGACCCCGCCGAGUGGCAGAAGCUGCAGGAGGUCGAGGUGCAUCUGGGAAGAUGCACAGAUGCAAGGAAAAUUGGGGAUUGGAAGAGCACGCUGAGGGAGGCUGAUGCUGCCAUUGCUGCUGGCGCUGACUCCUCUCAGUUGCUUCUUGCCUUGAGGUCAGAAGCACUUCUCCGCCUUCACAAGCUGGAGGAGGCUGAGUCGACUCUUGCAAGCUUGCUGAAAUUGGAUGGUGCAUUGCCCUCAUCAUUGACAGCAGCAAAACUCUCGGGGAUGCUCGCUGAGUCAUACGUACAUAUUGUUCGAGCGCAGGUUGACAUGGCAUUGGGGAGGUUUGAUACUGCUGUUGCUGCAGCUGAGAAGGCUAGAGAUCUUGAUCCUGGGAAUGCAGAAAUCGGGAUGGUUUUGAAUAAUGUGAGACUAGUUGCAAAAGCCAGAGAGCAAGGGAAUGAUCUCUUUAAAGUUGCCAAGUUUUCAGAUGCAUCCAUGGCCUAUGGUGAAGGGCUCAAGUAUGAUCCCUCAAAUUCAGUGCUCCAUUGCAAUCGAGCUGCUUGCUGGUCAAAGCUAGAAAAGUGGGAAAAAGCUGUUGACGACUGCAAUGAGGCACUAAGAAUACAGCCAAACUAUACAAAGGCUCUCUUAAGGCGAGCUGCAUCCUAUGCUAAGCUUGAACGUUGGGUGGACUGCGUGCGGGACUAUGAGGUGCUUCGGAAGGAGCUUCCCAGUGACAAGGAGGUUGCUGAGGCAUUGUUCCAUGCACAAAUUGCCUUGAAGGCGACUCGUGGUGAGGAUGUAUCAAAUAUGAAGUUUGGAGGAGAGGUAGAGAUAGUUUCCAAUGUAGAGCAACUCCGUGCUGCCAUAAGUUCACCUGGGGUAUCUGUUGUCUACUUCAUGUCGGCAAUGAAUCAGCAAUGCACACAAAUUACACCAUCGGUCAACACUCUAUGCACUGAAUGCCCCUCGGUGAAUUUUCUCAAGGUUAACGUCGACAGCAGCCCAAUGGUGGCAAAGGCAGAGAACGUGCGGAUAGUCCCGACGUUCAAGAUAUACAAAGAAGGGGUGAAAGUGAAGGAGAUGAUCUGCCCGAGCUUGCAUGUUCUACGCUACUCCGUGCGGCACUAUUCUGUAUCCAGUUCUUGA